AGAAAAAGCUCUCUCUCUCUCUCUCUCUCCCUCCCUCUCGGGAUCUUUGAUUGAUUUUGAUUGAUUCAUGGGGACGCCCCGAAAAUCAAGUGGGCCGGUACAGAGCUGCGCUGCCUGCAAUGCAAUUCUCCAAAAUGCGGCGGUCAGUUGUCCGCAACCAUCUCUCGUCUCCUCCCCACUUCACCGUCUUACGCAUAGUAUAUAUAUGAGUGUGGCGGUUUUGGGAUUUAGCGGCUCUGCUCUGUUCACCACUCUUGUUCUCCUGGGGUUCUGAAUUGUCUCUAGUGCAUUGACUUCAGUCUUGCUGGGUCCUCGGACAGAAUUCUUCUUCGGGGUUGCUUUAACCCGUCAGAGGGUUAAGAGAAUCUUGUUGGGUCGUUCGAAUUCUGGGGUUUAGGUAUGUCGAGUGGAGGAGGGUUUUGCCCUAAAAGAGCCAAUGGAUGAGGAGAACCAACCCACUUUGGAGGUGUGAUGAAAUAAGAAUCCAUUUCUUGGGUGGGGCUUUUUACUCUUUUCAAUCGAUUCGAUUGAUGAUCGGAGACGAAUAUAUAAUCAAAAGGGCCUCUUGGGCGAAUUGGGCAGCUUUCAUUCUCUUUGGAGGUUCGUCCUUUGAGCUGGAAAGGCUGCUUGUCUUGGCUUUGUGAAGGUGAUGUCUUCUUUUUGCUCUUUCCCCGCAAAAGCUCCUUACUGAUUCCUGGGCGGUCCAGUAGAUACCAGGGGGUCGGUGUUCUCCAGUUCUUUCCAUUGGAUUAGGAUUCUCUGUUCCUUUUCCAUCCAUGGUUGCUAAAGAUCGGAAGAAGACAGCGGAGGAAGGGAGUUUGGGGAACUAGGGAGUUGGAGGAAGAAGUGGGGGAGGAGAGAAUGUCCUCGAAAUCGACCAACAGAACGAGUUGUUCUCGGAGCAGCUCUGCUCGAUCAAAGCACAGUGCUCGGGUGGUUGCUCAGACCCCCAUCGAUGCCAAGCUCCAUGUCGACUACGGGGAGUCCGAGAGGCAGUUCGAUUGCUCCACUUCGGUCGACUUCAACAUCUCGACGUCCACCAGCAAUGUCUCUUCUUCAACGGUCUCUGCCUACCUCCAGAAGAUGCAGAGAGGGCGGCUAAUUCAGCCUUUCGGGUGCCUUCUCGCUGUCGAUGAGCAGGAUUUUACGGUCUUUGCUUACAGUGAAAAUGCCCCCGAAAUGUUGGACUUGGCCCCGCACGCCGUCCCUAACAUUGAGCAGCAGGAGGCCCUGACCUUCGGGACAGACGUGCGGACCCUCUUUCAUUCCUCGGGGGCUGCUGCCCUUCUGAAAGCCGCCAACUUUGGGGAGGUCAACCUGCUCAAUCCGAUACUAGUUCAUUGCAAGACUUCGGGGAAGCCCUUCUAUGCGAUCCUUCACCGGAUUGAUGUGGGCCUGGUCAUAGACUUAGAGCCUGUGAACCCAGCAGACGUGCCAGUGACUGCUGCCGGGGCCCUCAAAUCUUAUAAGCUUGCUGCAAAGGCCAUCUCAAGAUUGCAAUCUUUACCGAGCGGAAGCAUAUCGGUAUUGUGCGAUUGUUUAGUCGAGGAGGUGAGUAAAUUGACGGGGUACGAUCGUGUCAUGGUAUACAAGUUCCAUGAGGAUGAACAUGGGGAAGUUGUGGCUGAGGCCCGUAGGCCUGACCUUGAACCCUAUCUUGGGUUGCAUUAUCCUGCGACUGAUAUCCCACAGGCUUCGAGAUUCUUGUUCAUGAAGAAUAAGGUUAGGAUGAUCUGCGAUGCCUUGGCUCUGCCUGUUAAGGUGAUCCAGGACAAGAGGUUGGCUCAACCAAUAAGCUUGUGUGGGUCCACCUUGAGGUCUCCUCAUGGGUGCCAUGCCCAGUACAUGACGAACAUGGGCUCGAUCGCAUCCCUUGUGAUGUCUGUCACAAUUAAUGAUGGUGAUGCUGAUGAGGAAUCGGGUGGGGUCCAGCCGAAGGGAAGGAAGCUGUGGGGCCUGGUGGUUUGCCAUCACACUAGCCCAAGAUUUAUUCCCUUCCCAUUGAGGUACGCAUGUGAGUUCUUGAUCCAAGUUUUUGGGGUUCAUCUCAAUAAAGAGGUCGAACUGGCUGCUCAAUUGAGGGAAAAGCACAUCCUAAGAACCCAAACAGUCCUCUGUGAUAUGCUCCUACGGGACGCACCAGUAGGGAUUGUGACCCAGUCCCCAAACGUGAUGGACCUUGUGAAGUGUGACGGGGCUGCCCUUUUGUACCGUAACAAGCUAUGGCUUCUUGGAGUCACUCCCACGGAGUCUCUAAUUAGGGAUAUAGCUGAGUGGCUCCUAGAGUACCAUAGUGGGAGCACAGGGUUGAGUACCGACAGCCUCAUGGAGGCUGGGUAUCCUGGGGCCUCGAUACUUGGGGAAGCAGUGUGCGGAAUGGCUGCUAUUAGGAUCAGGUCGAGGGAUUUUCUGUUUUGGUUCCGGUCCCAUACGGCUAAGGAGAUCAAAUGGGGUGGGGCAAAGCACGAUUCUGGAGAUCAGGAUGAUGGAAAGAGGAUGCACCCGAGGUCAUCCUUCAAGGCAUUCCUCGAGGUUGUUAAGAGGCGGAGCAUACCCUGGGAGGAUGUGGAGAUGGAUGCUAUUCACUCGCUGCAGUUGAUAAUGAGGGGUUCGCUGCCUGAGGAGGCGGCUGCCGAUGAUUCCAAGGUUAUUGUGAAAAUCACGCCAGCAGCAGAGAAUGGCAUGAUGAUCGGAGAUCGGAGGAUGGAUGAGCUGAGGAUUGUCACAAAUGAGAUGGUUCGGCUCAUCGAGACUGCAGCAGUCCCAAUCUUGGCAGUUGAUUCCUCGGGUAACGUUAAUGGGUGGAACAUAAAGGCUGCAGAAGUCACGGGGUUGUCUGUUGAAAAUGCCAUGGGAGUGCCCUUGGUCGAUCUUGUCACAGACGAUUCCGUGGAAUUGGUGAAAAACAUGCUCUUUUUAGCGCUGCAAGGCAAAGAAGAGCGGAACGUUGAGAUGAAGCUCAAAACAUUUGGGCCUCUCGAAGCGGAUGGUCCUGUGAUCUUGGUAGUAAAUGCAUGCUGCAGUCGAGACACUACGGAAAACAUUGCGGGAGUAUGUUUCGUCGGUCAGGAUGUGACAGGGCAGAGGACAAUCACGGACAAGUUCACCCGAAUACAGGGCGAUUAUGUUGGUAUCAUCCAGAACCCCUCGGCCCUCAUCCCUCCAAUUUUCAUGACCGAUGAUCAGGGACGUUGCUCGGAGUGGAACGAUGCGAUGGAAAAGAUGUCAGGCCUAAACAGGGAGAAUGCCCUCGACCGAAUCCUCCUUGGCGAGGUCUUCACUGUGAAUAAUAACUUUGGUGUUCAACUGAGAGACUAUGACACAAUGACAAGGCUCAGAAUCUCUCUGAAUGAGGCAAUUUCAGGACAGGAGACCGGUAAAGUCGUAUUCGGGUUUUCUCGAGCAGAUGGGAAUUAUGUUGAAGCAUUGUUAUCGGCUAAUAAGAGGACGGACUCAGAAGGGAAGGUUACCGGUGUUUUGUGCUUUCUCCAUGUGGCAAGCCCAGAACUUCAGUAUGCCUUGAAGGUCCAGAGGAUGUCAGAGCAGGCUGCUGCAGAUAGCUUAAAGAAGCUCGCCUACAUCCGUCGGGAAAUAAAGAAGCCAUUGGAUGGGAUCAUGUGUGUCCAGUCUCUGAUGGGUGGCUCAGACUUGAAUGGGGAGCAGAGUCGGCUCUUGAGGACGAGUGAGUUGUGUCGUGAACAGUUGGAGAAGAUUGUUAGCGACACUGAUAUUGAGAGCAUUGAAGAAAGUUACUUGGAACUGAAUAUGUGCGAGUUCAGCCUCAGCGAGACCUUAAAAGCUGUCAUGAAUCAAGCUAUGAUUCCAAGUCGGGAGCGUGAGGUAGAGGUUGUCCUUGAUUCGCCGGCUGAGCUAUCGAGAAUGCACUUAUCUGGUGAUAGACUUCGACUUCAGCAAGUCCUGGCAGAUUUUCUUGCAAUUGCGCUGCUAUUCACACCUGCCAGGGAAGGAUCCUCUGUAACGCUGAGAAUAAUCCCAAGAAAGGAGCGUAUAGGAACAAAGAUGCACAUAGUUCAUCUCGAGUUUCGGAUAACACACCCUGCCCCUGGAAUUCCAGCAGACCUAAUUCGUGAGAUGUUCCACUACAACCAAGGCAUUUCGAGGGAAGGCCUCGGGCUUUACAUCAGCCAGAAGCUCGUCAAGAUUAUGAAUGGCACGGUCCAGUAUCUUCGAGAGGCUGAGCGCUCAUCCUUCAUCAUCCUCAUCGAAUUUCCUGUGGUAAAUCACUCCGAUACCUGAAAAGCCUCGUGUACUCGGAGUUCCAGUGGCACAGAUGAAGGGACAUCUGCAGAAAUGGAGAUUCGAUCUUAGACCAGAUGCACAAUGAUUGGUCUAUACGGUAACAAUGUAGCAAUCGACCCGUGCGAGUAUUGUGGGAUCUGUAAACGACAGAAGAUGGCCAUUGCAGAGUUCAAAUGCAAGAAUUUUCUUGGCAUUGCUCCUCUCCGGAAACCUUGGUCCGGGUGGGUUUUUAGCUUCUGGGUUUUAGAUCGAUGUGAAGCCACUGGUACAGCGAUGUGAUGUCCCAGCUAUUCCUGUCCGCAUUCAACUUACAUUCUCAGAACGUUAGUAAAGCAAUCGUGGUUUCGAGGUUGAGUUGGAAGAAUUUCGAGAAAUGAAUAAGCUAGGAAGUGAAAAUGUAUAUUGUAGCUGUACAUUCAGUUUUGUCUAAUACACGCCAACAAAAUGAUCCUAACUCGGUUGUGAUGUUCCCUUUUUUUUUUAUUUUUUUUUACUUAUAUAUUUUGUAUAUAUAUAUAUUUUUGAUAUUCCUCA